AUGGCUUCUUCUUUGUCUCCUUCAUCUGGUUCACCUUCUGUGUCUCGCACAUUGACACACCAAGUCUUCUUGAGCUUCCAUGGAGCCGACGUACGCAAUAACCUUCUCACUCACAUUUUGAGGGAGUUUCAAAGAAAGGGAAUCACACCGUUCAUUGACAAUGAGAUAGAGAGAGGAGUCUCUAUUGGUAUCGAGCUUUUACGCGCUAUAAAACAUGCCAGGAUCACGGUUGUCACAUUCUCGAGGAACUACGCUUCUUCGAGCUGGUGUCUAAACGAAUUGGUGGAGGUUAUGAAGUAUAAAGAUGAGUUGAAUCAAGAAGUAAUGAUCAUUUUCCAUCAAGUGAAACCAGCAGAUGUGAGGACAAGUGAAGCUAAUAUGGUCGCUACAAUUGCCAUAGAUGUGUUGCGUAAGCUGCAGUUAACACAGCCUAGGGAUUUUGAUGACUACAUCGGCCUUCAAGUUCAUGUGACAAGCAUAUACUCGUUGUUAAACUUACAAACGGAUGAAGUAAGGAUGAUAGGGAUUUGGGGUCCUUCAGGGAUUGGUAAGAGUACAAUCUCUAGAGUUUUACUUAACGAAUUGUCUCCUCAGUUUCAACUAAGUGCACGUUUAGGGGAUAUAAAGAGACGACAUUUGACUCUUCAUGAUGUGUACGAUGCAAAGGUUGAGUUACAGAAAGAAUUGUUUUGUGAACAACUCAAGGAUAAGAAUAUUGAUAUUCUCCAUUUACGUGUUGCAAAAGAAAGGUUUCACGACAAGAAGGUGCUCGUCGUUCUUGAUGAUGUGAAUGAGUUAUGGCAACUACAGGCGGCAGUGCAUUAUCCUGGAUGGUUUGGUAGUGGAAGUCGGAUUAUCGUUACUACUGAAGAUAGAAGAGAUCUUGCUAAGGAAGCUACCGAGUUUGCGAGUGAUCUCCCUUUGGCACUACAGGACACUAUAGCUAUUAGAGGCAUAAAUUUCAAUCUAUCUGAGAUCAGACACGAACUAGAAAUAGACGAGCGAGCUUUUGAAAGGGUGCUUAGUCUCGAAUACUUAAAAAUCUAUGAUGAGAAGUUUGUUGCGCCAAAGCUGCAUUUACCACAAGAUCUCAAGUUUCUACCCUACAAACUUAAAUUACUACACUGGGAUAGCUUUCCCAUGAAAGUUAUGCCUUCUAAGUUUCAACCUGAGUUUCUUGUUAAACUUGUCAUGGUGGAUAGCAAACUUGAGAAAUUGUGGGAAGGAGAUCAACGGUUUGGAAGUCUCAAGGACAUCAACUUGUUGUACUCCAAGAACCUAAAAGAAAUCCCUAAUCUCUCCAAUGCCACAAGUCUAAAGAGAUUGAACCUAGGUUUUUGCACAAGUCUUGUGGAGAUCCCCUCCUGUAUUGGGAAUGCCACCAAUCUAGAGAUGAUUAACCUCGCUUUUUGUUCGAGUUUGGUGACGCUCCCCUCCUCUAUUGGGAAACUUGAUAAGUUAAAGAAAUUGGCAAUGGUGGAAUGCUCAAAUCUGGAGGCUUUUCCGACAAACAUAAACUUGAAAUCUCUUUCUGAUCUUAUUGUUACCUCCUCAAAGUUGAAGAGGUUUCCAGAAAUUUCCACAAACAUUAGUAAAAUUAUUCUUUCUGCUACAGAGAUAGAAAAGGUUCCUUCGUCAGUCAUGUAUUUGUCCCUUCUUCGGAAGCUAGAUAUGAAUUCUUGCAAAAGCCUCAAGGAGUUCCCACCUGUUCCUAACAGCAUCGAAGAAUUGGAUUUGAGCUUUACAGAAAUAGAAGAAGUUCCUCCAUCUAUCCAGAAUCUCUCAUGUCUCACUACGGUAGAGAUGGUGGGAUGCAACAACCUAAAGGUACUUCCAACCAACAUCAACUUAGAAUCUCUCUCUAGACUUGACCUCAGCAAAUGCAAAGGGUUGCAAAAGUUUCCAAAUAUUUCUAAAAGCAUUGAAUAUCUCAAUCUAAGUGAUACUGCUAUAGAAGAAGUGCCUUUAUCCAUCUGGUCUUGGUUUCGUCUUCUUGAACUGAUAAUGAAUGAUUGCAAAAGCCUCAAGGUGUUCCCACAUUUUCCUGAUAGUGUCCAAGAGUUUGAGUUGAGCUGCAAGGAACAAUUCCCUCAACUAUCACAACUUCACCUCAAUGGGUGCAAGAAUCUCGUAUCACUGCCCCAACUUCCGGAUUCUCUCUCUAUCCUUAAUGCAGCUAACUGCGAUUCGCUCGAAAGAAUACUAGGAUCUUUUGAACAUCCAGAGAUCAUUCUCAACUUUGCCAACUGUUUCAACCUAAGUCAAGAAGCUAGAGAACUCAUCGAGAUAUUGAAUUGCAAGUUUAAGCUUUUCCCUAGUAAAGAAGUGCCUGCAUAUUUUGAUCACCAAGAAACAGGGGAUUUUCUAAUCAUCACUUUAGAUCAAAUUCAGAGACCUUUUCCUUUAUUUUUUAGAUUUAAGGCUUGUCUUUUGCUGCUUCAUGGAACUUAUCUUGUGGACGACUUUGAUGUUAAUUACUCAACUGGUGCCAAGGAGCUGUCCUGUCGCAUCUUUUACAUUCAAAAUGGCCACAUUAUUGGUUCUGAAUUGCUCGAGUACGAUAUACCAGCUCUGCUUGGAUCUGAGGAGCAUCUGUACAUCUUUGAAUCUUCCACCUCUCUGAACUUUCUUAAAACAGAUGUGAGCUUCAUCGAGCUUGAGUUUGAUUUCAAGAUCACUGGUAAGUACUGGAGAAUACAAAGAUGUGGUGUAUACAUGGAAGACACUGGUGUUUGUGAUGACUAA